GCACUCCUCAAUUGCAAGACUUUAACAUCAAAUAAUUCUCACAUCACUUCAAUACCGUUUUGCAAAUCCACUCAAGAAUCCAAGUUCCGUUCUUUUGACAUGUCUGCAAAAUGUGCCGCUCUCGCAGAUCCACUGCACACUGACUGGUCAUUGUGUCCUUCAAUGCCAGCGGCAAUUCUAUUCACGGUUUUGUUUGCUCUUACCACCUGCGAACAUUUCUUGCAAGCUCUGUUUUACAAAAAGGCAUACUGUUGGGUCAUUGUUGUCUCCGGACUUGCUCAAACAGUCAAUUACAUCUUUCGAAUCAUCAGUAUCAACAAUCCAAAUAGCCUGGGCCCCUACGCAGCCUGGUUUGUGCUAAUUCUCAUCGCUCCGCUCUUUACAAAUGCUUUUAUCUAUAUGGUGAUGGGAAGGAUGAUAUGGAAUUACAUCCCCGAUGCAAAAAUUUAUCGAAUCACUGCGUGGAGGUUUUCGACAUAUUUUGUGAUUUUUGACAUCAUUGCUCUCAUUAUUCAAGUCGCCGGGGCAUCUUCGAGCGGUGCCAGCAGAACAGCGAAUCAAGAGGUGUUGAACGCAAUUCAUAUUUACAUGGGCGGAGUUGCUCUCCAACAAUUUUUUAUUCUGGUGUUUUUGUUUUACGCUGUUAAAUUUCACCGGAUUGUCCUUCAACAAAUUCGACAAGGCGCGGAGGGAGUGUCAAGUGCAUUGCCGUUAUUGUAUGCGAUGUACAUAGUACUAAUGCUUAUUACGGUAUGUUGCACAACUCGAUUCCCUCAUAUAUCCAGGCACUAA